GCGCACUAGAACAUGUCAAACGGUAAAUGUGUUUCGCGCAUUCUCCCCGAGUCUAGUCUAGUGUGGUUGAGGGAGUUUGGAGUAAGUCAGCUGUUAAGAAGCUGAAAAAUGUUCGCUCUUAUACCCCGCUCUGUGAUAUCAGGUCUGUCGAAAUCGGCGAUACAGGGCCAGAAAGGUGUGCUGACUGAAACUUUGAAAGUAAUAAAAAACGAGGAUGGAAGUAAAAGGGAGUACCAUGAAGUUUGUGGAGAUUUCCUUACACCCUCACAAGUUAUGGGAAUUGACCAUCUCAGAGAUCCCCGCCUAAACAAGGGCCUUGCAUUUACCCUGGAAGAAAGACAAGCACUGGGCAUCCAUGGACUUCAGCCGGCCAGAUUUAAGUCGCAAGAAGAGCAAUUGGAACUUUGCCGAAUUUCCAUUGAAAGAUAUCAGGAAGAUUUGAACAAAUAUUUGUAUCUGACGGAGCUGCACGAUCGAAAUGAAAAAUUGUUUUUCCGAUUGUUGUCGGAAAACAUCGAACGCCUCAUGCCCAUCGUUUACACACCCACCGUCGGUUUGGCAUGUCAAAAGUUUGGCCUAAUUUACAGAAGACCCAGGGGACUGUUUAUCACCAUUAACGAUGUGGGGCAUUGUUUUGAUGUCUUGAAAAAUUGGCCUGAACCAAAUGUUAGAGCCAUCGUAGUAACCGACGGUGAACGUAUCUUGGGUCUGGGCGACUUGGGGGCCUGCGGUAUGGGUAUUCCAGUAGGAAAAUUAGCUUUGUACACUGCUUUGGCUGGUAUCCCACCACAUCAAUGUCUACCUAUCGUUUUGGAUACUGGAACCAACAAUGAGAAACUGUUGGAAGAUCCCCUGUACGUCGGUCUGAGACAAAAGCGCGUCACCGGCAAACUGUACGACGACUUCAUCGACGAGUUCAUGGAGGGCGUGGUGAAGCGUUACGGCCAAAACACGCUCAUCCAGUUCGAGGACUUCGGCAACCACAACGCGUUCAGGUUCCUGGACAGGUACCGCGACAACUACUGCACCUUCAACGACGACAUCCAGGGCACGGCCAGCGUCGCCGUUUCCGGCCUGAUCGCCUCCAAGAGGGUGACCGGAAAGAAGAUUUCCGACAACAGGUUCGUGUUCCUCGGGGCCGGCGAGGCCGCCAUCGGCAUCGCCGAUCUUUGCGUCAAAGCCAUGGAGAGCGAAGGUAUCAGCCAAGAGGAGGCGCGAUCGAAAAUCUGGAUGGUGGACAUCGACGGUCUCCUCGCCAAGGACAGGCCCGAAGGCCAUCUGGAAGGCCACAAGGCCUACUACGCCAAAGACCACGCGCCCGUCAAGGACUUCGCGCAGGUCGUCAACGAGAUCAAACCGUCGAUUCUGAUUGGCGCGUCCGCGGCCGCCGGCGCCUUCACCCCCGAAAUCCUGAAGGCCAUGGCCAGCUUUAACGAAAGACCGAUCAUUUUUGCGCUGAGUAACCCCACCAGUAAAGCUGAGUGCACUGCCGAACAAGCCUACGUCAAUACCGAGGGAAGAUGCAUCUUCUCGAGCGGCUCCCCCUUCCCUCCGGUGAAAUUCGGCGACAAAGUAUUUCAACCGGGCCAAGGUAACAACGCCUACAUCUUCCCCGGAGUAUCCUUGGGAGUGAUUCUGGGAGGCAUCCACCACAUCAGGGAGGAGCUUUUCCUCAUUGCGGCAGAAUGUGUCGCGAAUAACGUAACCGAGGAAGACUUGGCCAAGGGCAGUCUAUACCCACCCUUAAGCGUGAUUAAGGAGUGCUCCAUGCAGAUCGCUAUUAAGAUUUUGGAUUAUGCAUACCAAGAACGUAUCGCUUCCGUGUACCCAGAGCCAAAAGACAAAAGGGCAUACAUUGAAUCUCACCAGUACAACUACAACUACGAGCCAUCUUUGCCCAUCACAUGGCAGUGGCCCACCGCCAAAUACAUCAAAACAAAGCCCCUGGAACCCACCAAAUUGGGCCACAAAUAAGCUAAAAUAAUAAUUAUUAUUGUUGUGAAAUUAAUUAAUCUGCAGGCAGUGAUAAUUUAUUUAUAGAUUUUUUUUUAUUGAUUUAGAAUUUUCUUUUUGAAAUAAUUGUUAGGUAAGUUAAUUUAUUUGUACUUUUAAUAUUUAACGAAUCUUUUUAUGUUUUAAAAUUUACAGGACCCAUAUUAUACAUGUAUAUUUUGUGCCAUAUGUAAAACGUAUUUAUUAUGUACUUAAUUAAUUAAUGUCCUUGAAAAGGACGAUAAUUAUAUUCGGAUUUUUAUUGGCAAGUAUUUUUUUAUUUUUCAGUAUUUAUGUCAAAUUAUGAAGCAAUAUUACCAUUGUAAUUGUAAUAACAGUAUUGUUUUCUGGUCAUUUUGAUUACCUACUCUUGUAAUGUAAUUGUAAUUACAUUAAGAUUAAAUAAAUAUUAUCUCACUGUU